UUGUGUGACGCAUGCGCUCGUUGUAGAACUGCCAUCUUGUGGAUGAUCCUACAAACAUUUUGUCAAUAAAGUGUUAACCAGGGUUUUGUAUGUGAAAUUACUGUGGUUUGUGCAGUGGUUUUAAAAUUUGUUACAAUGGCAGACAACGAAAGUAAAGCCAUGCAAUUAAUGGCUGAAGCAGAGAAAAAACUAACUUCCUCUAAAGGAUUCUUUGGUCAACUAUUUGGAGGAUCCUCCAAGGUGGAGGAGGCUGUGGAGUGCUACCAACGUGCAGCCAACAUGUUCAAAAUGGCUAAGAAGUGGGCUCAGGCUGGUAAUGCCUUCUGUGAGGCAGCUGCAUUACACUCGAAGGCUGGCAGUAGGCAUGACGCUGCUACCAACUAUGUUGAUGCUGCUAAUUGUUAUAAGAAGUCUGAUCCUAAUGAGGCUGUAAAUUGUCUUCUGAAGGCAAUAGAGAUAUAUACGGAUAUGGGACGAUUCACGAUGGCAGCCAAGCAUCAUCAGACGAUUGCUGAAAUGUACGAGACGGAAGCUGUGGACCUAGAUCGGGCAGUGCAACAUUACGAACAAGCUGCUGACUAUUUUAAGGGAGAGGAAAGCAAUUCUUCUGCCAACAAGUGCAUGCUUAAAGUUGCACAGUAUGCUGCUCAGUUGGAAAAUUAUGAGAAAGCUAUCAAAAUAUACGAAUCGGUUGCCUCAAACUCAUUAGAAAGCUCACUGCUUAAAUAUAGCGCAAAGGAGUACUUCUUCCGAGCAGCUCUGUGCCACUUGUGUGUGGACGUGUUGAAUGCCCAGCAUGCCUUGGAGCGGUACACAGAGUUAUAUCCAGCAUUCCAGGACUCCCGAGAAUACAAACUUCUCAAGGUCCUUAUUGACCAUAUGGAGGAACAGAAUGCUGACGGGUUCACAGAAGCUGUCAAGGACUACGAUUCUAUCUCUCGACUAGACCAGUGGUACACGACGAUCCUCCUUCGCAUCAAGAAACAAGUCAAUGACAACCCUGACCUACGUUGAAACCCAACUAUCCACCUCAAUAACAGACUGAGACAUGUUUUGGCAUACUUGUUGUAGUUUAAGCGCAUGUCACAUAACUUCAAAUUUAUAGGAUGAUCUGUGAAAUGUAGAUCCUACAUCAUUUGUCCGUAUUAUCAACCACUGCUUGUUUGGCAAGUAAAUUAUAUGGGAAGUAUUUUCCAAUGAUCUAAAUUUGCUUUAAUAUCUUAUUUCUUAUUGUUGUUCGCCUAUGGUUACCAGCUUAACACUGAUUAGUUUUUAAAUAUAUUUUACCGAUGUUGAAUAACUAAUAGUCCAAUAGACAGUGUUAAUGUUAAUUAAAUUUAAGCAAAAAAAGUUAAUAAUUUAGAUUAUUUUCCAGAGUAAUGUUAUAUUAUAGACGGUUUGGCCUAUUUUUGCAGGAAAUUUCAUUUUACAUAAACUUUAUCAUGAUUAUUUUAAUAUAUCCAUAUUUGAUGCUGAAUAUGAAUAUACAUCCUAAUGUAAUACAUUACAUUUAAAGUCUUGAACUUGAAGUAUAUAGUUCAACUGUGAUAGUAGAUUUGUUGUGUUAAUAUUGUUAUAGUUUUGUUACUUCACUAUGUAUAUUUGAAGUACCUAUAUAAUUAUUUAAAUUUGAAAUAUUUACAAUUUAUUUUUAAAUGAUUGUAUGUACAUAUAAAAUGGGGCUAAUGAGUCAGAUAAUUCUAAACCAAUAAAAUAAAUCUUAUUUUAAUUACAAAUCAA